AACAGCCCCGCAGGAGCGUAUGGGCCCCGGGAGAAAAGGCUGCUCGGAGGUUCGCUGUCUGCACGGCAAGAGGCUCGCUCAGUGUCCCUGUCCGACAGCCAGGAGGGCACAGCAGGCUGUGGGCAGGAUUUUGCCGCUUGCCUUGUGGUGAUAGGAAGGGAAAUGAUGGUUUGUUAUUUGAUUCUUAAGGCCUCAGAACAAUGCAGGAGCUUAGUGCCUUAUCUCCUGGCUUAGUCCUGGGUUGAUGGAGGAGCUGAGUCGGGUUUUGAAUGCCUGCGGCUUCCAGAGGCUGUCCGCAAAGGUGUCUGCUGGGGGUGCAUAGGCUGCAGCGCAGGGAGGCAGAGCUGGGCUGGAUCUCAGCGUGUUCUCCUCGCAGGAUGCUCCUGCUGUUUGCAGAGGGGGGACAUGGCCCUGUCUGACAGCGUCUCCGCAGGGAUAAUUGGUCUAAGUUGUUCCAGGCCCAUUCUGCAAGCAGGGGAAGCUUGCUGGCUCUGCUGGAAUUCAGCACGGGAGAGCUGCACCCGGGAGCCCGAGCAAGGGAUUCCUGAGCAGAGGCCAUGGAGCUUUCAGCCAAUGAGCUCAGCAUUUAUGACAAGCUCUCGGAGACGAUUGACCUGGUGAGGCAGACAGGCCACCAGUGUGGCAUGUCAGAAAAAGCCAUUGAGAAAUUCAUCAAGCAGCUCUUGGAAAGAAAUGAACCUCAGAGAGGACCUCCACGAUACCCUGUCCUAGUGUUUCUCUACAAGGGCCUGCUGACGCUGGGACUGCUCUUGCUGACUGUGUACUUUGUGAUCCAGCCCCACAGCCCUCUGCCACCUGAAGCUCCUCUCUCCAGAGCCCACGCCUGGGGCUCCCUCAUCGCUCACAUCCGGCUGCUCUCUCUGCCCAUUGCCAAGAAGUACAUGCUCGAGAAAUGCCAGGACUGGUGGGCAGCAGGCUGCAGACAGAACACUUCUGCUCUUCCUGCAAACUGCACAGUCUGUUCUGCUGUGAAAAGCCUUCAGCUGGUGACAGACGUUGGGGAACUCUCAGAAAAGCUCCUGAGGUCUCAGCCUUUCCUAAUCAAGACAGGGCAGCAUCUUUCCUAUGAAGACCUGAAGCGUUUUCAGUCCCAGGAUCCAGACCUGGCCCAGGUUAUAAUAGAAGAAAAUUCAGCUGAGCUGUGGAGCUGCCCAUUUUUCUUCCCCUGGAGCAGAUCUGUGAACAGAUCUCGGAUCCUGCAGGAGUUCUUCCCCAGCUCCUCUGUGCUGCCCCUCCCCAAGACAGUGUCCCUGGAGAGCUGCUUCCUCAUCCGCCACCCGCAGCUGGGCAACAAGAGCUACAGCCUGCACAGCCUCUUUGCCGUGGGCAGUGGACAGCUCACCCUGACGGUUGUACCUCCAGACAAGUGCAGAGGACACUGUGAGAGCUUCAGAGUGGAGCUGGAAGCUGGAGACCUGGGCUAUGCCAGCACGGAUCACUGGAGCCUCAGCUUCACGGCCAGGGGCACGGAGCCGGCGGUGGUCUGCGACGGAGCUGCCAGCUGAGGAUGGCAGGGCUGGGACCCCUCAGCUGUGCCCAGCACCAGGACACUUCUCAGCUUUGCAGCCAAGAGAGAGACAGAGCUGGGGCACCUGGGGCAGGCAGCUCUGCCACCUGCAUGUUUACAGUGUUUAACAGUGACUCUUUUCCUGACCCUUGAGGUGAUUCUUUGCCUUUCCUCAGAUGUCUUUUGGGAGAAGCUCCAAAGCUAUUUAUGACCUUCCCUGUCCCCUCAGGUAAGCCCUGGGUUUGCAGCAAAGGCUUGUUAUUGUCCAGGAGCAGCAGAGGGAUUUCUCAGGAUGAGAUUCACUUUGUGUCCUUUGUGGAUUGUGGCACUUCUGAAACUCCCUGGAGGGGCUGGGAGUGGCCUGGGGGUGACAUUUCUCUGUACAUUCCUCCUGAGGAGGAGGCUCCAAGCCUGUGUUGCCAGGCCAGCUCUAAAAAGGGAAUGCCUGGGUGAUGUCCCA